AUGCGGACACCUGGUGCUUUUCUCGGUAAGUACGACCACGACGAAGCCCUCCCGAAAAAGCACGCUUUUGUUCCCCACCAGGUGACGACGCUCGGCAUUGCGGACGUGUGUAGCUGCUUGUCGUGGUCUCUGUUGUUGUUUGGAGCCCUUCAUCUGCUUGUACAGACGCUUGCGGUCGUUUGCGUCUAA